UUGGUGUCACACGCGUCUACUGCCUGCGCCCAACCGCCAUCUAUUCAUCAUGUCCGGCCAAGGGCAACGCGAGAAUGUGUUCGCCACUCGCAUGGCCCUCUCGAACACCAAGCUUCGGCUCAAGGGUGCCCAGACGGGGCACUCAUUGCUCGCCAAGAAGCGAGAUGCACUGACGACGAGGUUCCGCUCAAUCUUGAAGAAAGUCGACGAGGCCAAGCGCAAGAUGGGGCGCGUUAUGCAGCUGGCGUCGUUCUCGAUGGCAGAGGUGACGUACGCGACGGGGGACAUCUCCUAUCUAGUGCAAGAGCAGGCCAAGUCAGCCAGCUUCCGCGUCAAGGCGAAGCAGGAGAACGUUUCUGGUGUCGUCCUUCCCGCCUUCGAAGUUGAUCGUGUCGCUGGCUCUGAUUUCAAUCUCACGGGCCUUGGGCGUGGAGGGCAGCAAGUGCUCCGGGCGAAAGAAGUCUACGCGAAAGCGAUUGAGACGCUCGUCGAGCUUGCAUCCUUGCAGACCGCAUUCACGAUCCUUGACGAAGUCAUCCGGGCGACCAACCGUCGUGUCAAUGCCAUCGAGCACGUCGUCAUCCCUCGAUUGGAGAACACGAACAAAUACAUCAUGAGCGAAUUGGAUGAAAUGGACCGUGAGGAGUUCUUCAGGUUGAAGAAGGUGCAGGGAAAGAAGAAGCGCGUCAAGGCUGACGACGCCGCAACAUAUCAGGAGUCAUUUGAGGAGGAGACGAAAGCACCGACUAUCGCAGAGGGGACUGGAACCACGGACUUGCUUAGCCAGAAAGACGAAGACGUUAUUUUCUGAUUUCGAGCUCGACAUUCACUGUAAAAAUACCCCCUUGUCUUUCUGAACACGCUGCCACCAAAUGAUGCAUAUCGUAACUCAGA